UAAAACGUCCUAAAACACGAAUGUAUGUAAAAAUCUCCACAAACCACAUUAUCUGGAGCAAUUCCAGUCCAGUCGCCAUUGCGGCUCUUUUUGUACAAAUUUGUAACGGUAACGUGAGCGUGGUCAGAGCCAAAAUGGUGCGCAUAAACGUUUAAACAAGAAACCAAUCGUAAUCGUGUAAUUUUUUUCUGACCAAUCAAAAUCCGCCUUGAGGGCGGGGCACGCGGAACCGGGAGGAGCUGUUUUGGGGUGUUGUGUGUAGCCAAGAAAUCUUGAGUGGGAGUUGUCGGGCCGAUUUGUUGUGUGUUUUGUCCGCUGAAUUGCACCGAUUACUAACGCACCUGCCGCAGCUAUGCCCGGGAUAGAGAAGCUGCCAUUAGAGGAGACGCUGGAAGACAGCCCGCAGACACGAUCUCUGCUGGGAGUCUUUGAGGAGGACACUGCAGCCAUCUCCAACUAUUGCACACAGCUGUAUCAGGCCAUGCAGAGGAUUUAUGAUGCUCAGAAUGAGCUGAGUGCUGCAACACACCUGACCUCAAGAUUGCUGAAAGAGUAUGAUAAACAGAGAUUUCCUCUAGGAGGUGAUGAUGAAGUGAUGAGCUCUACCCUGCAGCAGUUUGCAAAAGUCAUAGAUGAGUUGAGCUCCUGUCAUGCCGUCCUGUCCACGCAGCUUGCAGAUGCCAUGAUGUUUCCCAUCACUCAGUUUAAAGAGAGAGACCUGAAGGAGAUCCUUACCUUGAAAGAAGUCUUCCAGAUAGCAAGUGAUGAUCACGACACAGCCAUUAACAGAUACAGUCGCCUGUCCAAGAGGAGGGACAAUGACAAGCUGCGGGCUGAAGUGGUGGAAGACGUCUACACCUCCCGUAAGAAACAGCACCAGACCAUGAUGCACUACUUCUGCUCGCUAAACACACUGCAGUAUAAGAAGAAGACAGCUCUGCUGGAGCCGCUGCUCGGCUACAUGCAGGCUCAGAUUAGUUUCUUCAAGCUGGGGUCAGAAAACCUCACCCAGCAGUGGGAAGACUUCCUGUCAACUAUAGGAACCAGCGUCCAGAAUGUACGUCGGGAGAUGGAGGAAGAGGUGGGGCAGAUGCAGGAGACUAUUCAGCAGAUGGAACAGUCAUGUGACCCCUUGUAUGCACCAUGUGACCCUGAUCCCACCCACUCACCUGUUUGCCGCAGCCUGACCAGAAAGCAGGGCUACCUGUACAUCCGCAAUAAAACGGGCCUGGUGUCGUCGUCCUGGGAGCGUCAGUAUUUCUUCACACAGGGAGGUAACCUGAUGCAACAGGGUCGUGGUGAGGUGGCAGGCGGGCUGGUCACAGACCUUGACAACUGCUCCGUCAUGGCCGUGGACUGCGACGACCGCCGAUUCUGCUUUCAGGUCACUUCGUUUGAUGGGAAAAAAGUUGUGACACUGCAGGCAGAGAGCAGGAAGGACUGUGAGGAGUGGAUUGCCACAAUCAACAACAUUUCCAAGAGGAUCUACCUGAGUGAAAAUGCAGAGGAGCUGGCUGCCAGAGUGAACCAAACAGCCCUUGAAGCAGUAACACCAUCACCAUCCUUCCAACAGAGACACGAGAGCAUGAGACCCAGUAGUAAAGGACGCACAGGCCGAACGAGCAGUAUCAGCUCUGUGGGCUCCGAACCAUCACCUGCUCUCUCCGUGCUCUCACUGGAUGCUCUGGUUGCCCCGGAAACACCCAUCCAGUUUGAUAUAAUUUCCCCCGUCAGCGAGGAGAACUCGGGACAAAGCAAAACAGCAGCACACUCCGGCAGAAGGAGUAAUCCAUUCGGAGAGUCGGGAGAGAACACACCAGAAGAAAGCGAAGACUCGAUCCUCCACCAACUCUUCAUCGUUCGCUUCCUUGGCUCGAUGGAGGUGAGGAACACCGAGUCAGCGGACGUCAUCUCUGAGACGAUGAGGCAGAUCCUGGCUGCCAGAGCCAUCCACAACAUCUUCAGGAUGACAGAAUCACAUCUGCUGGUCACCUGUGACUGCCUCAAACUCAUUGAUCCUCAGACACAGGUCACUCGACUCAGAUUCCCCCUGUCCAGCGUAGUCCAGAGUUCAUCCCAUCAGGACAACAAGAGGCUGUUUGGUUUCGUUCUGCAGACAGCAGGCGGACGGAGUGACAGUCGAACUGUCUGCUACAUCUUUGAGUCCAACAAUGAUGGAGAGAAGAUCUGUGACAGCAUCGGACUGGCCAAGCAGAUAGCCUUACACUCCGAUAUGGACCGUAAAAAAGCAGAGAAAAGGAAGGAGCAAGACAAAGCCAAAGAGAAACAGCAGGAGGAGCUCAGCAAACAAAAACAAAUAGAAAAGGAUCUGGAGGAACAGAGUCGUUUAAUCGCUGCCUCGAGUCGUCCUCCCAACCCGCCUGCCUCUGACGGACAGUUCCUUGUGCUCAGCAGCAGCCAAUCAGAAGACAGCGAUGCUGGAGAGGAGGGGAAGAAGAGGGGUGAGUCUGAAGCCUAAUGACACUUGGAGGAUGCAUGUUUUUGGCUCCCAGGUGAGUCCCAGCUGGCAUCAUUGAGACAGCUGCUCAGGAAUUGGAGGAGGGAAACACCAUCCACCAGCCAGACUGCCAAGGACUUAGAAACGUGUUUCCUCUCUGCUGGACUCCGAAGUUUUUAAUGGAGGACGUCACUGAAGAUGAAAAAAAAGACCUAAGGCACCCUCACUAAGAGGAGGAAUGGUGAAACAAAGAAAAGUCUCGUCCAGGACUUUGACUUGUUUUAUUCUGUACAAAAAAACAAACAAAAAAAAAAAACCCGCUGCUUUUAUACCGGCACCACUAUCGAGGAAAACAUCAUUAACUGUAGAUUAACCUGUAAGUUUCAGUUUUUUUACAUUUAUUUUAUAAGCUAACAAUAAUAAUGGAGGAUAUAAAACAAAACAGGACCCAAAGGACACAUGCCAGAAAACCCAGAAAGUGGAUUUGGACGGUUUUCUGCCAAUCAGGACAUCCCAGACGGCUACACGACCCUCAGCCAAUGUCUUUAUAAGUAGCUAAAAACAAGACCGAGAUAAAGCACAGAGUUUUAUUUUCAAGAGAGAUUGUGAAAAAAUGUGCCAGUUUUUGUUACUGUGGCUGAAUGUAAACUAAAGAACAGGAAGUUUUAUGCAACAUCAAGUGAGGGAAGAUUUUGCAAUCCUCCAAAAGUCUGCUUGUGUGAUUAACUUUCAGCAGCAUUCAGUGGCAGGAAUUUAUCCGUUACCAUUAAACAUCGAAAUUCUCAGCCUUUUAACUCCGUUAUGUCACACAAACUAAAGUUGUGAUGUUAGACGCUGUCCCUGAAAAGAACUGGUGGAGUACUUUUAGUUUAGCUGAUCCUCUCAGAAAAACUCAGCCCGUUCAUAAUACAGCGAUUGUGACCUUAGUGAGGGUCACUGCACCCUCAUCUGUGUCUGUCAGGCAAAAUUUAACCAAGUUUAGUUGAGUGAAGUAAUUAAUUAAAAGAAAAACUUCCCUCUGUGAGCAUCCAUGUCGGCACUGUUCAAACCUCUAUAGUUUACUGAACUAUUAAAUAUGUAACAUGAAAGACACUAAAGGGUAAAUACCUACAAAGAUAUGUCAGUGUAAACAUUAAGGUCACAACCAUACACCCACAAACUCGACACUGCAGCUCCUUAAAUUCCCUCUUGGUAUUUUGGUAUUUGAUGCACUUGUAUUGCCUACUGGUAAAUAUAUUGGCUUAAUGGUUUAAGUCCUGCAGCUCUGGUUAAAAGGGUCAGCUCUGAGUGAAAAUGUUUAAGAUGACGUUUACACCUUUGAUCUGCAUAUUUUGCUCCAUAUUUCUGAUGCUACAUGCUCACCAGGAGAUUUCUGAUGCUACAUGCUCACCAGGAGAUUUCUGAUGCUACAUGCUCACCAGGAGAUUUCUGAUGCUACAUGCUCACCAGGAGAUUUCUGAUGCCACAUGCUCACCAGGAGAUUUCUGAUGCCACAUGCUCACCAGGAGAUUUCUGAUGCCACAUGCUCACUAGGAGAUUUCUGAUGCCACAUGCUCACCAGGAGAUUUCUGAUGCCACAUGCUCACCAGGAGGUGCUACAUGUGAACUGAAGGACAGAUUUUCGACCUAAGCUCCUUGUUUUAUGUUCCAUUUUUCUGGAUUUGUUUGGGACAUUUUUGGAAAACACUUCUUGUCAUAUGGGGUCCAGCAUCCCAUCAUUUUAAGUUUUAUUUUCUAUGUUUGUGUUCAUGUUGUCAUGGCUACAGGCUACAUGAGCAAAUGCAAACCACAUUUUAUCUUGUGUGUUUAUCUCUUCCAUUAUAAAUAGACGCAUGAAACCCUCUGUAAGGGUCAUGAAUUGCUGUACGGUGUAGCUUUGAGGCCACAGUAAUGAGCCAAAAGUGCUUUAUCCUCCUCUGUUGAUCAGUUUGAGUCCUGAGAAGCUGGUCUGAGGUCUGUAAAACACAAGCACAAAGUUCUCUAAAGUAAAGAAGGCUCAUACUGAUGCUUCUCUGAUAUUCUGGUUUCUGUAAUUAAUUCACUCGAAUGUGAGGACAUUUCUUCUAAACUAUCAUGUAGUGUUAAAAUGCAGAACAAUGUGUCAUAAAACUGAUUCCAUCUUCACCAAAUAAUCAUCUGAGUCAGUGUUUCUCCUCACGCCAUGGUAUUGAUCAGAUGUGCGUUACGAUUUGGGUUUUUUCUGUUUUAACAGGUUUUAUUCAUCGAUUUGUGUUCCCCAGGGAUUCAUGGUUAUUAUAUGCAAAAGAACAAAUAAAAAAAACUCUUUUUUGUUAAAGACUUGACAUGUUGGGGUGUCGGUGGUCACACAGUCCUGACAACAAACAGUUGUGGGAAACUUCACGUGGCAAAGAGGCAUUUUUAAAUGCCUAAAUCAAUAGUUACUGAUGAUGAGUUUUAUUUUUCUUGGGUUCUUUGGGAGUUUGUUUUCUUGCUGUAACCAGGUGAAGAACUUAUGUUUAUGAAGGUGCACUUUACUGAUGCGGGAAAAUGUGACAGGAUUGAUGAUGACGAGCUGUAAAUAUGUUUCAGUGAUUAAUCUUCUGGUGUCAUGAUUAAUAAAAGGCUUUUCGGUGAUUCAAUAAAGAACUAACUCUA